GGCUGGUAAGAGUGUAGAAGAUUCAUGAAAUAUUUUUUUCGUUUUCACAUACUCGCAGUAAGAUGGAUAUAAUCGUGAAUUUCCAAUUGAGAUAUUAUGACGUUUUGGCAAAAGUUUUAGAUAAACUAGUGAUAGCUCAGUAAUGUGCGAUUUAACGAAAGAGGACAGCUAAGACAUUUUCUUUCACUCUCUUGGUAUUUGGAAAAUGAUUACAAAGAUCGAAAGGGAAAAUUCCCUGUACUGGAGCCGCUAUUGUCAACGUAACAUUGACAACAAAAAAUUGUGAACCUAGCUUGGUACAAAACACAAUGAUUUGAGUUUUAUGCUGAAAAUUGGUAAAUCCUACCACGAAAUGGGGUGCAUCAAUUCAAAAAGGGAUAUCAAUGAUGUGCAUUCGAAUAUAUUCCACGUGAUAAACAUAGACGACGAUGGAACCCCUUUAUGGAGUGGUCAGCUGGAGGUAUCACGUACUGAAUUGAAAUUACACAGAAAAGGCAAAGAUCCCACAACUUGGCCGCUGAAAUGCCUCAGGAGAUAUGGCUGUAACGUAGAUCAGUUCAGUUUUGAAGCUGGUCGGAGAUGCACCACAGGAGAAGGUAUUUACGCAUUCAAAUGUCGCAGAGCGGAAACACUGUUCUACACGGUACAGUCUUACAUCAAUGGAAGGAUUUACAGUGAUGAAAACACAAAUCCAAAUGACCCCUACCCGAUUCCAGUUGCAUCGUCCGGCCCUUCUGUAGCAGCAAGAAGUGUAUCGCAAAACAAUACCGCCACGAGGAAUAGUCAACAAAAUGCAACUGGAACCGGUAGCUAUAUUAUAAAUCGCACUGGAAUAGCUACUAGUCAAUCGUUAAGCCCAAAUGGAACGAUUCAUUCUAAUUCGAAUCAAAGCCGCAGUACAGAUACACUCCCCAUCGAGGCAAACUAUCUUGAGCCUACUCCAAAUAGGCCUACUGGUCAACCCCAGACAGUCACCACGCGAUUUCAGCAGGGAUUGAGAUUGAGUUCUGUUAGUAGUGGACCCGUCAGUCCAGAUGUGACUUCCCCAGGAUCACCUAAUAGUGUAACCAAUAUAUUAGAAGUUACCACACUGAAUCCUUUACCAACCAGUAAUACUUCUGGUGGCACGCAUGGUGUCAGUAAUUUAUACCAGGAAUUUCCAAUGAAAGAUAGCGCAAAUGCUAGUAGUAUACAACCUUUGGUAAACCGAUUGUCAUUAGAUAUCCCACCCCAGGAGGCAGCUCCGAGUGCUGAGAAUGAAUCAGCAGUAUCAACUAGUAAAUCUGACCUCAAUUCUUUUCCUUCGGAAAUGCCUCAAGUGACCCCCGAGGUGGAUCCGGCGCGAAUGUAUAUGAACGUUAAUAUUGCGUGUACAUCUGAAAGCGGUACCAAGGUUAAAGGGAAACCGGCCAAUAAGAGUAACUCUAGUCUAGCUUCUAUUAACAACAAUACAGGUUCUUUUGACGAAAACCAGUAUCAAAAUGUAAAAACACCAACGUCGGUUGGGCCAAGCAUGCUAAGCCAUCUGCGGCUGAAUUCAACCAACAUGAUUGAUCCCACUCGAUUCUACGAAAACCUGGAACCAGCCGAAAUAAAAUCUGUGCUGCUACGUGGUCGUUACUCAAAGCCAGACAUAUUCUCCAACGUAGAUCUUCCACUGGAUGUUUCUGAACCAUGUACCCCAACAUCCGUGAACCGAAAAGUCAACUACAUAGUACUGGAUCUCGAUCAGUCUAACUCGACACACAACAUAAACGCACCAGCAACAGUAACAUCACCAACGGGGCUCAGUUCGGCAGCAAAUAAUAAUAACUCAACAGCAGUUAAUCUAAAUAAUCCCAGUGAAUCAGCAACUGUUGCUUCGUCACUCUCGCAAGGAUCCCUUACAGGCGGUUUACUGCCCCCCGAAAGCCCAAAGAAGGCAUCCCUCGGGUAUGCAACGAUCGAUUUUAACAAAACAUUCGCCCUAAGUAAUUCGACUACGCCUUCGUCUGAGCUGGAUAGCGAAGGCUCCCGUAAGACCCGCCACAACUCCACCGUGACGCAAUUGACCCGACAGAGUAACUCAGUGAGUGAUUAGAACGAUAUCCUCGGAACUCUCGUGGUAUGUGUAAUUAUAGCUUAGCUCAAUGAGGUUUUGAUGAAUGUUUUCCGUUGGCUACGGUUACAAUGUACUGAAGUCAGCAUAAUAGGUAUAGUAGAAUAGUCAUACUAUGUUCGAACAACCAAAAAUGUGUCGCUUAGCACAAACAUGAAGGGCAAACAAUGCACCGUUUGGUGUGCUUCGUUCACUAUUGUUAUACCAUUAUUUCUUUCUUCUGCUCAUUGUUAAUAAAAAAUACUAGUUUUCGAUGCCUACACAACAGCUUUCUAGUGUAGUCCACAAACGAUUUGUCUGAUCGACGGAUAGCUUUGGAAAUGUUCAAAGAAAUUAAUUAAUCUGAUAUAUUUACAAUUCAUUUUCAUUCACUUCACACAAUUUUACGAUUGAUAUUAUUCCAGCUGUUUUAACCAUGUUCAGUUAUAUGCGCACAUUGUCAAUUUAUUUUUGUACAACCCAGUCCUAAAGCUUUCGGUAAUUUUAAGAGGUGAUGAUUCGAUAUUUAUCGAAAAACCUUUUGUGUAAAAUUUAUUUCAAUGAUUUCAACUAAAAUUACUUACUUGUAGUCUACCUAUAGCAUUCAUCUGAAUUGCUUGAUAUUUGAUUAAUGGUUUUGAUAGCAGGCGGACAAAAUUGCUGUAGAUAUUUCUGCGAAGAAUAGAAUUUGUAAACAAAUAACGAUGCCAAAGUAACACGUAUAAAAGUCAAAAUUCUUCAUCCUAAUAAAUACCGUUCGGUUUGUGACUGAAAAUAGGUGAUUAAAAGUAAGAUUAAGUUUUUGAUAAGUUUGAACACGUUGUAGUAUAUAUUGAUUCGUCAUUAUAAUCUGUGCGAUUAUAGUUUAAUUUUGUGAACACAUAAAACCAAAUGUUGGCUAUACAAAAUCGGAAAAAAAGUUACUAUAUAAAAUUGCAAAAAUAGCAUAUGUUGUUUGUGGUAUAUUAUAGAAAAUAGGUCCGAUUUGAAGCAUUGUCGUUGGUGACCAGUUUGUAACAUAAUUGCCAAAAUAGAUAUAGGCCUCAGACAGUGAAAAACAGGAUUGUAAAAGAUCAUAACCAAAUAAGUUAAUAACAUAAGACUAAAUAAAUAUAAAUAUAUUAUUA